CUCCUUCUCCCCCCUGCGCCCAGCCAUUAUUGGCUAUCGGUCACAUUGCAUUAUUAUCAUUAAUGGCCCCAUCAUAACUAAUGAUACGCACUGUGCUCUAAAAUGCAAUCGCACAGGUAGAGAGGAUGUCUUUGCGCGGGCCCAUGAAGCGUUCUCACCUUAGACAGGUGAGCGCUGCUAGUUUGGACACUCUCUCCACCUCGCGCUCCUUGGGAUCACAGUCUCACAAUGACGUCCCCAGUGACCAUCCGUCCACGCCGGAGGAGAGGAUCGUUCGGCUGCCCUCGAUCGGUCUGGAUCGACGACAGUGCUCGCUUUGGGUUCAUGAUGAAACCUUCUCGAAAGAGGAGAUCCUGUUCAACCCCGCCGCCUUCGGUGAUGCCGAGGUGAAUGUCGGCGAUGUCAUUGAGAUCUUGCCCGCGCGGUAUCCCGGGGAUGCUGCGCACCCGGUGAAGACGGAUAGCGGCGCAAGGUCGUUGCGCGACAGCCAUGUGGACUCAAGCUCGACGCUUCAUUCGGAUCCCAUGGCGAAGUUCAAAACGCCGCUUCAGAACCGAUGUCUCUUUGUGGUCAAGCCGCUGCCGCACGAUAUCAAAACCCGGCACUCGAAGCUCGAGAUCUCGGUGACCACCAGCAUCGCUAACAUCUUUGGCUUCAAGAAUCGGUCUACCGUGCACAUCUCGAUCGUGGAUCGUGCACAGUGCGCCGCGUCUCAUGUGGACAUUGCCUUUCGCGACCAGUACAUGGUCCGCUCGGACAUGUGGCGAUUGGUCAUGUCGGAGCUGGCUGAAAAGAUCGUCUACAAGGGCCAGAAGAUUGUGUUCAUGGGUAGUAUUAAGGCAACCGUAAAGAAUAUCUUCAUCCGCGGGAAGAAGGCUCUCUCGGGAUUCUUCUCCCCGCAGACCAUCCCGGUGUUUCGCAGCGAAUCGGCAAAGUAUGUGUUAUUCAUUCAGAUGUCGAGAGAGAUGUGGGAUUUCGAUUCCGAAGGGACGGGGGAUAUUCUCUUUAGUCGCGUCAUCAAUGGGUUCUUGCCGGAACUAUUCAAACGGUGGGCCAACGCGGAUGCCAGACAUCUAGUCACCAUCGUGCUGUUCACGCGGGUCGAGUACGAUGCGUCAGCGAUGGCAACCUCGACGACCCUGAGCUCGGAGAAUCUGAAGAGCAUGUUCAACCCGAACCACGCGCCUACGCGAGACUUCUAUCGAGUAGUGGUCAACGACAUGGCAAGUGGACAUUGGACUACGAUCUUGGACGAGCUGAAGAACGACUUCCGGUCGUUUUUGAGGGAUGUUUCAAUCCUUAGACAGGACGAUGCGGACACUCCCAUGGCCAGUGGCGCCAAACACACCUCACAGGAUCGGCCGCCAACCAUCGCAGGGCGGCCGAGCACCGCGCUUCGCGGCAAUAUCCUCGAAGCAAUUCAUCUGGCGUCCUCUCAUCUAGCGUAUGAUCACAUCGAUCGAGACAUGGUGCACACAGGCACAUCUAUUAUAGUCAUCACUCCCGGAAGUGGUGUCUUUGAGGUGUCAUAUGAGUCUUUGGCGUCCACUACGGAGGCUCUUACCAAUCGCGGAAUCGCAAUCGAUCUGGUCUGCCUAAGUCCCAUGCCCCUCCACUCUGUGCCUUUGUUCAAAUACCGAGAGCCUUCUCGAAGACCGUCGAGCUCCUCGUUUACUGAGAUUCAGAAUGGCGGCUAUUCUCCCGAGAUGCGCCAUUCGUUUGCAAGCUUGGUGAAUCGCACAUCUCAUCUUUCCCCUAAAUCAGCCAUACACGACUCUCUUCCGGGGAUGGGCUUUCAAAAGCCUUGGUCAUCAGGCUCCCGGGAUUGGAACUAUGGAAUCCCGCACUGGCUGGACAUCUCUUACUGGAAUCCGGAAACAUACAGAGAAUCGCGACGCAUAUUGAAGAAGGAUCCCAAUGCGCCAAUCCCGUUCACGGUCACCAAGAAAUCCAAGGUCUUUGUGCCUAGGGUUCGAAUGUACGAGAUCCAGAUGAAUGGAAUUAUGGAGAGUGAACAGUCCAACAUCUCUAUUCCCUAUCUUCUGGAGGGACAAAGUACCGCUCGGGGACCCAGUGCUGGCCUGAGCAUGAGUCCCGGCACUCUGGCUCCUGCUAAAGCUUCUCUCACUCGUAAUUCCUCCUUUAGGCAUCAGCUAGGCGAUAGCCUGCGUCCCGAGUCGUUUCUGCAAAAUAUGAACCCCAAGGAUGUGGUGAUGACCAAAUCGAAGAAGUCAGCGCCAAGCUCGACAAUCGCGUGGAUGGACAGCUACGACGAUAGUGUUUUCCACCCCUUCCCUAAACGCCGCCAACGCCGGAAGCCUGUAAAACAGAAGCGUCCGAGUGAGCCCGACGUGCAGGUGUCCAGUGCGCAUGACCGCAUCUCUGCCAGGUCUAUUUCACAUCUCCGCAAGCAUGAAACUCAGGCCAGUGAGCGCGAGAGUCCUGUCAUAUCCGAGCCUCGGAAUAUUGACGGCUCAUUGGCAGUCCCAAAGAGCCCGGUCUCUACCAAAAGCGCUUCCCCCAAGAAGCCUGCCCUGAAAUCGAAUUCCUCGCUGAAAUUACCGCGUAUAUCGCGAACGAUUAGCUUUGCUCUGCGCGGCUUGACUUCCGUGGCGCCUAGAGCUCAGGCGAGCACUGAGGUCAACGUAGAGCAUGCCAGGGGCAUGCCAACCUCGAACCAGAAAAAUAUCACGGGCGUACUUGCGGACAACAAAAGUACAGAUUCCGCGAGUAUAUCCGAUAGUGCAUCGAUGUCUACCGUGAUUGAUACUUCGGCCUCGAGUUCCACGCCUCAAAAGUCUGCGGAAAGCUCUUCUAUGACACCUACUCGGCCGAUCUCUAUCAAAGUGCCUCCCAAGCAACCCGAAGAGGGCUCCGAGCCGCCAGAACGUUCCGAGCUUCCUGAGUCUUACUCAACAACCGGCACGGAGAUCCCCCUCAAUGAUGAUAGCCGCCACGAGGCUCGGUCGAGAAAGCGUGGUCCUAAGUUUGAAUUGACGGUGAACGGCGGUUCGCGCGGCGGGCCAUCCAAAUCUCCACAGAGCAAAGCCCUGGCUCCUUGGGUUCGCUCUGUCAAUCCAUGCAACACCCCUCGAGACGUCUUGCGGGAUACAAGCUGGUUUGGGCGUUGGCAACACGCCUACCCAAGGCCGCCCCAUGUUGCCGUUGUGAAAUGGAAAAGCUUAAAGUCACCCGCCAUUUUGCCCCUGACGACGGAAGAAUUCCCGAGCGCGACUGAGCUGGCCUCGGACUAUUUACAAACGCCCUAUCGUGUCUUUCCGAACGAUGAUCCCGAAGGCGCCGAAGCUCCCAAAAGUCGGGGUGUUCUCCUGCGAGAGAUGAUCUCUCUUCGUCUUUCUCACGGGUUCCAGAUUGUGGUCGGGAAACAUGUGGUCGAUGUCUCGGGGCAGUACGCCCUACAAUCUCCCAAUGUCUUUGACACCCAGGGGUUGGAAAAGGACGGGGCUACUGUUUUUCUAUCGAAGGGAAACUCUAUCCACCGGCUGAUCUGCAUUGAUAGCGCCGAGAUUGAAGUCACUCGUUUUACUCAUCGGGUCUCUUCUUCCCUCGCAUCUGAAAAGAGGGCUAAUUUCAGCGUUUACUCUCCGGCCAUGCGCACAAUUUUGAGUCCUGAGUAUGGGAUCAAGAACAUAAGGCUAGAUUCUACUGCCGAGGAGUACAACUGGAAUUAUGCCGAUAACUACGUUGCCGGACAUAGAGAUUAUUUGUUUAAUCCAGCCCAACAACUGCAAUUCUGGCGUGUACGCUACGUGCUCAUACCGAUGCAACUGCAUGUUCAAUCCCGCCGGCAUAUUCAGUCCUUCAACGAGGAUAACGAGGAAGAAAUUCAUUUGCUCGGAAUCAAUCAACUUACUCACAUAUGGCAACGGCACAAAUACGUGCCUCCAGAGGAGAAGAGAUUUGAAAGCUCUAACAAAAAGAGAGAUCAAAACCCCCUCAAUAUCAUGUAUCAAACUCGAAACCCUCCUGAAGUGGUCGCAGCGGAGCUGGAUCGAAUCAUACUUACGGAUCCCGGGCUGGACAAUUCCCCUGCGCAGCUGUUGCCCGAAUCCGAGCUACUUGAGCGGUCCAGCAUCAGCCUAUCGUCGCUGGCGCACAUCAUCCAAGGGGAUAAGGGUGUCCGGAUGAUGGACCGAAGGUGGCACUGGCGAUUGCAUUACAACUGUUUCAUCGGUUUCGAGCUCACCACCUGGCUUCUUCAGAACUUCCGCAACAUCGACAGCCGGGAGGAAGCCGUUGAGUUCGGCAACGAGUUGAUGAAGCACGGUCUGUUCCAACACGUCGAGAAGCGUCACAAUUUUCGGGACGGAAACUACUUCUAUCAGAUCUCCAGCGAGUAUCGGGUCUCGCGCCCUGAAUCUCGCGGCAGUUGGUUUCCUCAGAUACGAACCGAUAAGUCGGUUCCUUCUACGCCAGCCGGGGAGCGCCCUCGAGACUCGCCCGCCAGUGUCCCCAGCAGCCAUGCUAGAACAGAGAGCACCGAGGAGUCUACAGCGCAGACACCGAAUACUCCAUCCAAGUCCAAGAAUAAAGCUACGAUCAUGCUGUCCAAAUCCAUGAAAUACGACGUCGAUCCGCGCAAACGAUCCAACCGGCCCGAGGUUAUUGACCUCCACUACGAUCGGUUGCAUAAUCCGGACAACUGCUUUCACAUUGAACUGAGCUGGAUGAACACGACUGCGAAGUUGAUCGAGGAUACCGUGCUGUCAUGGGCUGCUACGGCGGAGAAGUUUGGGCUCAAAAUAGUGCAAGUUCCGAUCGCUGAGGCCUGCGCCAUCGACGAGACGCAACCGUUCCGAAAGCCCUACCUUGUCCAGCUCAAAACCCCCCCUCCCAAAGCGCCCGCUCCCAUGCUAUUCAAUCAAGGGUCGUUUUCACAGCAGGGCACACCCGAUCGUCACUAUUUUCAGAAGGCGCUCUUGCGCAAGUUCGAGUUUGUUCUGGACUUUGAAGCUCGAUCCGCCUUCCCUGCUGACGUGGAGGUGUCUUAUUCUUGGGGCAUCCCUGACUACCGUUAUCCGCAGUAUAUCCACCGAUCCGGCAGCGUGCUAGUUCAAAUCACCGACGAUGGCGAUUUCCUCUUCCUUGCCAAUCGGCUGGUCAGUACGCGCAGUACCGCGAGCCGCGACCUACCUCGACACGACCGGUCCGACCAAUACCGAGCGAGGGCCAGCACGUAUGAUCCUAUGGAUCGAGUAUCGCCGCGUCUAUCGCCCAUCACGCGUCCGAUUCACGACCCCAACAGUCCCAUCAGCCCUCAGGGCUCGGCCCCCAUCGAUUCGGCCAAUCUCUACCGCGCUCCCGAGCACAUCCUGAGCGGGUUUGUAGACUUCUGCAAUGAUUCGGCCAAGUUGGAACAGUUCUACAACGACUCUCUAAUCCGACCGGUGUCGACCAAGGUCGAGCCGGCCAAUACGUCUCUGAUGGACGCUUCUAUUCCUUCGCUGGAACUGCCGGCGAGCGUUGUCAGCCACCACAUCUCUCCUCCUCCGGCACUCUCUCGAGGGGCACAGAACUCGACGAUUUCGUCACUGGAUUCGAUCGCGCGGCCGCGAGAGGAUCCCAGCGGGCAUCGAAGUCCGCGAAGUACGGGGCUGCGGCCGGUUCGACUGGCAUGAAGAUGGAUGGGAUGGAUGGGGUGUAUGUGUUAUGAGGGGGAUAUAAUACCCGGCGUUUUUGUAAUGAGCUCAGCGAAAGGAUCC